AUGCCCAGAAGACACAGCAGAGUGAUGAAGCUUCUAUUGCUGCUGGCUGUGGGGCUGGACCUGGCCUGGACCCAGCAGGACCAAAGCCAGGUUCCGGUACAGCAGGGCUUCAGCCCUAAUCAGGUGACAGUGACCUGGAAGACCCUCAGUCUGGCUUCCACUAACCGGUCCGUCAUUGAAGAAGGCGGUGCUUACCAGUGCUUCAUGACUGGUAUUGUCCGCCUGGCCAACGGCAACCUGAAUGUUACCUACUUUCACAGGAAAGAUGGAAAGUGCGUGAAGGAAUUUCUCGUGGCAGAGAAAACGGACAUCCCUGGACGCUACACCUUUGAGUACCAAGGCAAAAACUAUCUGACUUUCGUGGCCGUCACUAAGGACUUCCUCAUCAUGGACUACGAAAACCAUCGUGAAGGAAAUAUCCUCAUUGUGGUUGAGCUCCAUGGCAGGACUCUGCUUUCAGGUGAACUGGGAUUGGUGGACUAUUUGAAGCACACAGCCAGAAGAGGCAUUGGAGCAGGCAACAUUGAGGACGUGUCCUUGGAUCGUGCCAUGACACUCUUGAGGGCCUGGCUGCUGUUCGUGGCCUUCAACAUAGAUCUGGCCCAGAAGAAUCUGGAAGAGGUGCCAGUGCAGCCCGACUUUGAUGCACAUAAGGUGGAAGGACGUUGGUUUACCAUCCAGCUGGCCACUAGCCACAGGGACCUGGUCUUGCCCACUGACCCCCUGAGACUUUCCCUCCACUCCAUUCAGACAAGAGACAGUGGGGAUGUGGACUUCGUGCUGUUUGAGAAGAGAACUGAGAGCUCGGAGACCUUCUCCCUCAUUGUCAUCUGUCUAAUUCCAGCCAGAAGAAUGCUUGAGGACCCUACAUGGCUGGGGAAAUACCUGGUGUUUGUAGAGAAAUUCCACCUUCAAAAGGCCCCCAUCUUCAACAUCGCUGACCGGUGUCCCCCAGAUAGGGCCUAG